GGGAGAGGAGAGAUGUCAGGACGGUUGCUGGAGCACAUCAAACUCGUAGGCACCGAGAAAAAACGAUUCUGACAGGCCACUGACUGCUUCACAUCUCAAUCUCCCUUAUCUCCCGAUUCAAAUUGCUCCCUUUUCUGCAGGCACUUCCUCGGAUAGUCACUCAUGAAAACUACAAGUCCAUCACACCACGCCAGGUGCGGCGGCUGCUCGAACAGCACUUCGCUAUGGCGGAAAACGAACUCGACACCCACAAAUACGUAAGCGCAGAUGGAUGCAUUGAAAGGCCUGUCCUUCACGGCGUUCUUUCCAUUGGUUGGCUGCGCAGGAGAUCAAUGACAUUCUGUUCGACCAUGCCACCCAGCUGACGACGUCGGCGGGUGCGCAAGGGGCGGCUCCUGCGCGUCCCGCUCGUAGCGAGUCUGCCCGUGCUGCAGCAGCGCCGGUCGAGACCGUAGUGAUUGAAGAUGAACCAGCGGCGGGAGGCGCAUCUGAGGUCCAAUCGUCUUCAUUCGGCGAUUUGCCGACAGAGGUACGACACGUGGGCACUGAUAGGUACGUGAGGAAUGGACCCUCCUCUGUUGUUUUGGAUUUGCAGUUGUUGUUCCUGAUAGCGCCCUUCUUGUAUCUGCAUGAGUUGCUGAGGUUCCUGAGGGUAGACAGAACAUGCGCUGGGCUGGCAGGUCAGGUAGAGCAUGUCAGAUCGGAUCACUUCCUGGUCCGCACCCGUGUGUGCGUUGCAGGCGACGAGGGCAUGUGGAAGGAGGUGUACGACCUGCUGCCCAAGCCGAAGGAGAGGGGGGCGGACAACAACGCAGCCAAGAAGAAGCCGGACCACGACGCUCACGACAAGAAACCACACGCCAGGAAGAGAAUGAAACACCAGGGUGAGAGAAAGAGAGGAAGCAACAAGAUUGCCCACUGACCGACCAUGCCCAUCCUGUCUUUUCCUUCUUCAUUCCAUCUCAGCGUUGCCGGUCGAGCUGCGGCCCCGGCCUGCGGUGAAGGCGAGGCGUGCACACGAAGCGGCGGUAGCAGCAUCGCAGGACGGCGUGUCGUGGCGGGACAGGUGCAGGGAGUACGUCAGGGAGCGGUGCUAUGACUGCGGGCGGACGACGGAGAAGCCCAUCAACGGCGGCAUCAAGCUCAUGAUGUGUAGACUGUGCAACAUGAGCUACGAGACGUACGCCAGGGCCGCACAGGGGGGCGAUUGAAGGUGUUUUAGUGAGUGAGCGCAUGGCUGUUGUGGUCUCUAUUUGCGUGUCAGGCAUCGUCGCGACCGUCAGAAGUUCAUAUCGCCGACACACGUUGACCUCUACUUCGGCAUCAAAAAGCAGACACUAAAAGACAGUAAGCGACACCACACAGCCGCGCAGUCUGCAGAGCACAUUCGGGUGAAAUGUAUCUGUGUGCUUCUCUGUGUGUGCGUGCACGUGUGUGCGUCAGGGUCGUUGGUGUAUGGGUACACGGACAAUCCCAUUAGCCCCUCCUUCAUGACCAUGAACCUCUGUAUGUUAGCCACCAGCUUACCCACCCGCACACUCACCUAUCCGUCUGACACACAGGAUCCAUCUCUAUCAUUCAGAUUUCCUGAAUGACAUCCAGAAUCUCGCCAAGAAGCUCAAGCGCGGUGAGACAGACAGACAGACAGACGGACAUGUACUCAGGCAGCCAGCCGUUCAGCCACGAUAUCAAGGUGUGUUGGUUUGUAUGCGCAGAGCACGCCGAGGCCGAGAGGGCGAGGGAGCGGGAGCGUCGCAUAGAGGAGAGGAGGAAGCGGCGGGAGCCCAUCGACAUCUCCGACCAGGACAAGGACGAGGCAAAGCACCCCAACAACAGCAACAAGGACAAAGGCAAGAAGCGGGUGCUGCCAAAGUCCUUCGCACAGCCCAAGAGGGCGCGCAAGGCGGCCAAGAAAUCCCCACACACCGACGAGCGUGAGGACGAGCAGGAGGCAGCUGAACCAGCAGGACCAUCAGCAGCACCAGCACCAGAAGCCGGGCCCAAAAGGAGGGCGCGUCGUGUGGGUGGCGGGCGUGUGCACGGCGUCAACGACUUGUCGGCUUUGCGCGCAUCCUAG